GGUUCGUUUUAUCUCUUUUCAUUUUUGUUCAGUCGACGUGCACGGGAGACAUAUCGCGGAAAUGUCCACCGACCCACAGCUGCGCCUCGCGAUGGCGAACAAGAACAACGUGCCAAAGGAGUACGUGCGCGCUGUCGACGCUCAUUUGCUGCCGCCACGUGUGGGCCACAACUGGAAUGAUCAGGCGUUUCGCGCGCAGCAGGGAAAGCCGCAGCAGCUUGAGGCAGAGUUUCGCGGCAAACGUGCGUUCACCACCACGAACGGAUCCACGUUUGGCGCGGCGCCACCUGACAUGUGUCUCACGGCGCAGCAGCUCGUCGAUGCCCUCGCCGCCUCUUCUCGCAACCGCAACGCGUCAAGUCGAGCCGCACGCGACGCAGAGGCGCAGCGCUCCGUCACGCUGGAGGACAAGGUGUUGCGCUUUUACGCAUUCUUCAACGAACACGCGACGGAGGGCGGCGCGGCGGAUUACUGGCACCGCAAGGUCGUCAUUACCUUCUACAUCGACGACGACACGUUUAUGAUUUUCGAGCCGCGAACCUUCAACAGCGGUCUCGACGGCGGUACGUUUCUGAAGCGGCAAAAAGUUGUGGCGGACCCACGACAACGCGAACAGCACCCCAAUGAUGAGUACGUCUCCCUUAACUUCCUGAACGUCGGACAGUCGGUGCGGCUGAAUGCGGUCGACUUUUUCAUCUACGACUGCGACCCCUUCACCCGAGAUUUCCUCACCGCCCUCGGGAUGGAGGUGGGCCCAGCCGAGCGCUGCCCGGACGACUACUUUAUGUCCGAGUACGGGCGCUACCAGGAGCGUCAGCAGGCUGGCAAGUUCGGCCUUCUUUCCCAGGACUUCAGCGCUGAAGAGACGGCGCGCACGGCGCGUUUUGUAAAGGACGGAGGCAAACUGCUACGCUUCUUUGCCGUUUUGGACGAGCGGGAGACCGUGCCGGGCGGCAGCGUGCGGCGGCUGGAGGUGUUGAUGUUCGUGGAGGACUUCUCCAUUGCCAUACUACAGCGCCAGAGCACUGCAGAAAACGCCCCUGGGCUCUACUUGUCGCGGGGGUGGCUGCCUAAAAGCGGAUCGGCGGCGAAGGUGAACGAGUUGACAUUUAUGCAUCGCGUAAAUGGGCAGCGUGAGCCGGACAUGGGCGGCCCGGAUGCCUUCUACCGCGACACGGAUCUGGAUGUCGGCGCCGCACUGAACAUUUUUGGCCGCACCGCGCUGUUGUACGACUGCGACGAGUACACACGCGAGUUCUAUGCGGAGCGUUACGGUGUGGCACUGAAACCCGCCAUUGACGUGUCUGCCUAUUUCGAAGAUGGGAGGCGGACCGUGAUGGGCACCAUAACGCAACAAAACGUGAAGAGGCCGGAGACACGCACUGGCCCUACAAACACCGAUGGCAGCGGGACGGUGCGCGGCGGUGCGAAGGACACGUUGCGGUUCCGUGCUGUGCUCGCCAACCCCACCUCGCACGACGAUGAGCACCGCCGUUUUGCCAUUACCUUCUACACCGACACGGAGGAGUUUAUGGUGUACGAGAGUGCGCUUCCGACGGCCGGCAUCCACGGCGGGUGUGUGUGGAAGCGGCGUAAGGUGUUGAAGGCACCACCCAAGGCGGGCCCUCGCAACGCACCAAAGCCACCUGUUGCGGCGGACGCGCUGCCGCACUAUUCGCUGAGCGACCUCAGCCUGAAUAGUGAAGUGGUGAUCAACGGACUGCGCUUGCGUUUGACGGCGAUGGACGCGCACACGACGGCCUUUUUCGAAGAGGGAAGCGGCACCUCCACCUCCGGAAAGGGAGGCGCCGAUGGGCCAGCGAUGGUGACGGACGCCACCGGUGCGAUGGUCACGGUGGAGCAUCUUGUGUCGGAGCUGCGCGGCUACCUCGGCUCCCGCUUCGGGACUGGCGUUGCGUCCUUCCUCGCGUUGGACCGCGACCGGGACGGCAUUGUCAGCCUGCCCGAAUUCACCACGGCGAUGAAGGGGUUUCAAAUUACAGAGGACAAGAACGCUGCCGCGGCGAUCUUUGCGCAAAUCGCCCCAUCGCCGAACACGUCGUAUUUCACCUCAGAGGAUUUGAUGCGCUGGAUCGACUCCGUCACGGAGGCGGACAAAAAGAGUUCGGUUCGCGGGCCGUGUCUUCCGUCGGGUGGUAAGGAGGCGGAGCUGAAGGCAAUCGAGGAACGUAUGCUGCGCUCGAAGGUGUUGCGCGAGUUGAAGUCCCGCCUGGAUGCGCGGUGCUGGAAAGGGACGGAUAUGUUUCGCCUUGCUUCAACAAUGCCACGUGCGUACGGCGGCCGACGAGCCGACCUCUACUCCUUCACGAACCCCGAUCGCGACACCCGCAUCACUCCGGUGCAGCUGCGCCGUUGCAUGGAGGAGAUCCUCACCGCGUUGCCCACCGCGGCCGAGAUGAGGUGCCUUUUAGAGUUUUUCUUCCCCAACCUCCCCGCGGAGGCCUACACGCAAACACGCGACGAGGGCACGACGUACAGUGUUGACUUGAUCGAAUUUCAGAAGCGCUAUUACGAGAUGACGAAGGAAACAAUGCUGCCGGAAUCAAUUCAGGAGGAGAGCAAGUAG